GACCUGCAGGCUUAUAAUCAGUUACUAGCUCCAUUGGCUGGCGGCGAAGCGGACGGCCUUUCUUGGUGGAAAGACCAUUCAAUCAAUUCUGAAAUCCACCCGCUCAGGAUCUUUGCUGUGACGGUCUUCUCAAUUGUAGGGCAUGCAGGCGAAGUAGAGCGCACGUUCUCAACUUCUCUGAUCUCGGCACAACACCAUCCGCGCGGUGUGAUCUUUCAGUUGACACAUUUGAAAUACUUGUGCAAACCACAGCGCCAUAAAAGCCGCGGAGGCUGGGAAGUCCAUCCGUCUUCGACAUGCUCGCAUGCACACUCGUGAAGAGACACCUCCGCUCUCGACCGAACCUCGAGAUGCAGAGACUUUCUUGCCAGUCCAGAGAGUAUUUCGCCUGACGAUAUUACUACUGAAUUUGCAGCUCUCGCAAGAGUCAAAAAGGACUGAAGAAGUUCAGAGCAUUAAUGGAGUCAACUUGAAGUGUUCGAGGGAAAUGUUUUUGAUUUUGACGAGUUAGAUCGGG